UUUUGUGAAGGAGGAACAGUGGUGCAACAUUUAAUGUUAAAUAUGCAGCAGGUAACAAAGGUUUUCUGUGAGGUAAGGAUUUGUCUUUGGGGGAGGGGUAAUAGAGAAUCUUUUAGGGAGAACGUAAGAAGGAAAGGGAUAUAGGAAUCCUUACAUUAAGCCACGCAAUUAAUGUAAUCCUAGAUGAAGCUGUUUUUACCCCCUCCUCUUCUUUCACAAUAAGGGGUCCACCCCUCCUACGUUCCCAGUGGCCUUUGGAUACGUAUAAAAGCCCAGGCAUCCUAUGAAUCCUCAGGAGCAGUGAAAGUGCAAUAUUAAGCUUUGUACUGUACAUCACAGGAUCCAGACCCUGACCUCCAAACAUGUUGACCAGGAAUAUUCUCAUCUUCUGCGCGGUGACAGUGCUCCUGGCUGAGGCUGACCUUGAUGCAGUUGAUGGGGGUCCCCAAGCCAUGUCCACAGAUCAGGACUCCACCUCCGAUGAAGCUCCGACUGUUAUGUCGUUUAUGAUUAUCUUCACAGAAAGCAUGAACUCAGUCUCACCUGACCAGCCCAAUGAUGAGCCACAGCAUUACAAUGGAGCCACUGCAGAUGCAAGUAGCACAAGCGCAGAAGCUGGCCAGGCCAGUGGCCCUCAAGUCAAUGAUGUGACAACAGCUGAUGGCACCAAAUCCAGCACUGAAGAACAAGAUGAGAAUGAGAGUCCAGAGUCAGAGGAAGUUGUGAAAGCUGCUCCAGUGCAGCGCGCUGCUAAAGUACACAAUGCUUCACCGCGCAAACGCAGCAAGCCUGUCAUCGCCUCAAAGAAGAGGACGAGACCCUUUCGCCCCUGAAAAAGCCUAGGAAGUAUACACAGGGAGGAUGCAGAUGCAAACU